AAUUUGCCGUCUAUAUAACGCUCAAAAACCCUAGCUCUUGUCCUCUGUUUCUCUUUAGCCGUCGAAAAUGUCGAAGCGAGGACGUGGAGGGUCAGCUGGUAACAAGUUUAGGAUGUCACUGGGUCUGCCAGUGGCAGCCACAGUGAACUGUGCUGAUAACACUGGUGCUAAGAACCUCUACAUCAUCUCGGUGAAGGGAAUCAAGGGCCGCCUUAACCGCUUGCCAUCUGCUUGUGUUGGAGAUAUGGUUAUGGCUACUGUCAAGAAAGGGAAGCCCGAUCUCAGGAAGAAGGUCUUGCCUGCCGUCAUUGUGAGGCAGCGCAAGCCCUGGCGCAGAAAGGAUGGAGUUUACAUGUACUUUGAAGAUAAUGCUGGAGUCAUUGUGAAUCCAAAGGGUGAAAUGAAAGGUUCUGCUAUAACUGGUCCAAUUGGGAAGGAGUGUGCCGAUCUGUGGCCAAGGAUUGCAAGUGCAGCCAAUGCCAUUGUUUAGGAGUUCAAAUUUUAGAUAUUUUGUUUCUCUUCGGUGGACUAAUUAUAGUUUGCUUGAUUAAGAUUUUGUUACAAGUUUUGUUUGUUCAGAAUAUCAGUUGGAUGAUUUUGGUUUUGGUUUUGAAUUUGAAGAUGGAAUGUAGUUUAUGGAGAGCUUUACCUAUGGUUGUCAUGGAUGUGGCCAUUUUUUAAAUCAUGUUGGUGAUAUA